GAGUAACAAAACCUACUAAAAAUCCGUAUAUUAGCUCAAGGUCCUGUAGGAUACAAUUAUUGGAUACGGAUAUAUAUAUAUAUAUAUAUACAUAUAGAGGUAUAUAGUAUCUGAGAGUAUACAAAGGAGGGGAGGAAAAACAAGAUUUAUGAAAGAUUCUAGUAAUGAAGCUGACAUAUAUCGUACUUGAUAUAUAUUGUCAUGUACAAAUGUAUAUCUACACUUUAAAAAAAAGUUAUUAGAAGACACAAAAGCAGCAUCGGAAAUAAGAGAAAUACAAAAGGAGUGGUUGCAAAACAAGGAACGUUAUAUAUACAGAAUUGCAAACGUUUAGAGAGAGAGAGAGAAUAUUAUGCUUUAGAAGCAAGCUGUGAUUUCGGAAUUAGAGAGGAAAAAAAAAGGAGAAGAAAAAAAAAUGGGGAGAGGUCGAGUUGAGUUGAAGAGGAUAGAGAACAAGAUCAACAGGCAGGUGACCUUUGCAAAGAGAAGGAACGGUCUCCUGAAGAAAGCGUAUGAGCUCUCCGUUCUUUGUGAUGCAGAGGUUGCUCUCAUCAUCUUCUCAAAUAGAGGAAAGCUGUACGAGUUUUGCAGUAGCUCAAGUAUGCUAAGGACCCUUGAGAGGUACCAGAAAUGCAGCUAUGGAGCCCCUGAACCCAAUGUGCCUUCAAGGGAGGCCUUAGAAGUAGAGCUGAGCAGCCAACAAGAGUACCUGAAGCUUAAGCAGCGUCAUGAUGCCUUACUGAGAUCCCAAAGGAACCUGUUGGGAGAAGAUCUUGCCCCUCUUAACACCAAGGAGCUUGAAGCUCUAGAGAGGCAGCUUGAUUCUUCUCUGAAGCAGAUUCGAGCUCUUCGGACUCAGUACAUGCUCGAUCAGCUCAAUGAUCUUCACCACAAGGAACAAAUGCUAACUGAAACAAACAAAACAUUGAGGAUAAGGUUAUCAGAAGGGUAUGAUCAGAUGCCGCCAUUGCAACUUAACCCUCACCCCGAAGAACUCGGCUAUGGCCGCCAACCUCAGCAGCAGCUCGCUCAAGCCGACGCCUUCUUCCACCCCUUGGCUUCAGAGCCUAUCCUCCAAAUCGGGUACCAACAGCAGCAAGAAGCAAUGGCUGGAGGGCCAAGUGUGAACAACUAUAUGCUUGGUUGGUUACCUUACGACAACAAUUGAAUUGUCGAAAUAUAAUUUCAUUAUUAACAUUUUAAUUAAUUAUAAACAUUGACCGUCGAUCUCUCGUGUGCAUGUAAUGCCAAAACCCAUAUAUAGUUUGAUGUCUCAAAAUAAUAUUAUAUUUUUGUUUCAAUUAUUAAUCGUCAUUGUAUAACA